CCAGAAAAGCCCAUCGAGCCAGCGGCAGUCCACAACCCCCCUUCGCGUCCUUCCCCAGUCACGUCAUGCCCUAGGCUAGGGCGCCGUCGCCGCCAUCUCCACCGCACCAGUGGUGCGGCACCACCUCCCGCUUCCAAUCCCAUGGAGCCGCCGUCGCCGUCGUGUUUCUCGAAGAGGCCGUCGUACAAGGACAUCGCCGGCGACCGAGCCAAGCCUUGCGAGGAUGACUCCUCUGCUCUCUCCCCUAUCCUGCCGACGCCCUCUUCAGCUCCUGCUCCUCCGCCGCCGUCAAAGGGGAUAGCUGGGGACCAAGCCGAGCCCUGCGUGGCUGCUCCCUCCCCGAUCCCGGUGAUGGCCUCUUCGGCCCCUGCUCCCCCGCCUCCUCCUAUUCUACGCCAAGAUUUGAUGGAAGUUACCAUGGGUGAUGUCGACGACCAAAUGGUGUUGACGAUCGACAAGCAAGCUGAAAAGUGGGAAGCCAUGGAGCAGGAACAACAUGUGUGGAAUGCUAUCGAUGAGGAACGGAAAUUAGAAAGGCAGAAGGAAAAACGAAGGCAUAAGGAGAGAAAGAAAAUCCUGGAAGAGAAGAGGAAAGAGAAGAGAGAAGAGAAGAGGAAGAAGCUAGAGAAGAAGAGGAAAAAAACAGGAGGAGGAGGAGUUGCAGGGGAAGAGGAAACAUGCUCGUUCAAUGAACUGUUCUGA